AAAUAGCAAAAAUAGUCACAGGAGUUUUGAGGAACAACCAAAACAUUUCAUUACACAAAAUAAUGGAUUUGUACCACUAAAACAACUGUUUCUGAACGGAAGAUCGACGUGAAAGUACUGUUUGAUAGUCAAACUCAAGAUAUUGAAUAUUUCACCACAGAAACUUUGAAGAUAAAGAUGUAGUGGAAAUUUAUUCUGUUAUCAUUUGAACCAACCCGGUGAAAAACUACAAUUACUGCAUUAAGGUUUAAUUUUGAGCAAUAACGUUUAUUAUCAUAUUUGGAUCAGAGAAACAUGAAUCAUGGAUAGUGAUAGAUUCACGUCACAAAUAUCAACUGAUGCAGAAGCCUGGACAGAAAACUCACAGGAGUCAGAUCAAAGAUCAAGAAGAAAUGAUCCUAGUGGAGCUAUACCAAGAACAAGUGCUGUUAGACAGCCUUCGUCAUCUGUACCCUCCUCUGAACAGUUUUACACUGGUAGACAAGAGAGACCAGACAGUUUCAGCAAACCUCCUCCCGACAGUACUAGUUCAUCCUCUCUACCUAAAUUAUCAAGAGAAGAAUUUAUUCAGCAACAUUAUGAAAAACUUCCAAAGGACCUUAAAGUAGGAUAUUAUGAUGUUAUGGUCUUAUAUAGUGAAGCAGAUUAUCAUAAAGCUGAAGAGUUUCGAGCUCAUUUAGAAAAGGACAUUUUCCCAAAUGAACCAGGUAAAAUAAAAGCUGUGUUAUAUGAUGGACCAGAAUUGGAAGGCUUAUCUGCUUCGAAGCUACAGCAUUUAGACCACGGGUUUCAGCGUUGUACAUUUACAUUUGUUUACUUAACAAAACAGUUUGUAGAAUGUGACUGGUGCAGUUUGUCAAGUGAGACAUGUUUAAUGGAAGCAAUUUAUAAUAAGGAAAAAAAGUGGUGUGUUGUUCCUGUGUAUACUGUGCAAAGAAACAAAGCCGAUUUUCGAGUUCCAAUGGGUCUCAAUUCCUUGAAAGGAAUUAACUUUUACAAUGCUGAUGAAUUUUACUGUAAAGGUGUAAGACGCUUAAUAGGUGACAAAAUAUACAAGCGGGUAGAAAAUGAUAAAAAGCACCAAGAAGAAUGCUAUAACUACUUAGUAAGAAAAGUUCAAGAGGACAUGGAAUAUGAUCUAAAGUUGUCAGCCAAACAUGAAUAUGAACAGCGUAUGAUGGAAAUGAAACGUAUAGAGUCUGAGAGAGAAUUGAAAGAAUAUUACCGAUCACAGUCCAUGAAGGAACAAAGUGAAAGAAAUGUUGUAUAUGCAUCAGGUGGUGGCUAUCCUAAAACUGCAGGAAGUAUGAUGCACCCUCCAUCAUUUCCUGAAAAGUAUAGAUUUAAAGCUCCAACAGAAGGCGAUGACAUGUCAAGUUUGAAAUCACAGUCAGAAAAACAAAAAAUAGGUGAAGAACUGAACCUGAAACCAGAUAUUCAUAGCAGCCAAUCUACAGAUUACCAACAAAAGUAUGGACCUUCAGAAUCUGGGCCUUCCUCUAGAAAAAGUGGACCAACUUCAAUGGAUGCUGGGGAUCUCACAGGAGACUAUCAGUCUGCCCCACCACAACCCCAUGCUCAAUCAAGACCUGGUCAUUUGCCAAAAUCUGAAGUAAAUUGUUCUCCAAGUAAUCAACCGUCUGGAAUUCAUAUACAUUAUCAUCAAUAUUACAAUCCUGCAAAACAAGAACAAGAACAGUCCGCCAAAACUUACAAUAUAACUGCUGACAAUGUAAUAAUUGGAGACAAGGCAAAAAUACUUGUUGGUGGACAACAGGUUGAUAUGGAAGAGUUCAGAGGUGAAGCUGGCAGUAAAGAUAGCGUACCUAGCAUGGGCAGUAUGCAAAGAAGAAGAAGUGACCAAGGAAUGCCUUCAUCUGUCUCUGCUGAUGCUGGUUUUCCAACAAAUCAGAGUUCAGAUACCAGUGCAGGGAGACUGCAAGGCAAUUCCAAUCCAACAGAACAUGAAGAAGAAGAAAUAACAUGUGUUCAUAAUGUUCCUACUGUGUUAAAAGAGACAGAAGCUAAGUUGGGGUCAGCAGAUUCUGGGAGUACUUGCUUAAUAACCAGUGAUAAUGAAAGUACUAAUUUGAAAGAACAAAACCAAAAACCAGAAAACAAGAAGAAAAUAUCAGCAAAAGAAGAAAACUUUUCAUAUAAUAUUCCACCAAAAGAAAGCAAUAUUAGUAAAUCAAGUAAUAGAAUUCCAGCUUCUGGUAAAUUUCCUUCAUCUAGACCAAUAAAACCAUUCACAGCUAAUCCUGCUUCUUCGCCACUUAUUGCUCUAGUUCCUCCUGUAAAAAGUUCGUACCCGGUUGUUAAACAAAAACGAGAAAGUUCUGAAAAUGAAAGUGAUAGUGAAAGCACUGUACUCAAACAACCAGUUGCAUCAGAGCAAACUGUAUCUAAAGUUACUUCAUCUAGAGGUAGUGAGCAGACAUUAGUUAAAACACCGUUAGGAGGUUCUCCGUUAGGACAAACCUCAGGAAGUAAUGUUGAUCCAGAUGACACUGAAGUACUUAAACCAGUCAGAAGGCCAAACGAUUCUGUUUCUAGUCUUGAAACAGAUGGUAGCACAGAAGAAUCUGGUACUGUUCUGACAAAAGAUGAUUUAGAAAUACAAGCUGUACAACAAUCUCUUGAGAUGGGAUAUACACAGGAGCAAGUAAGAGAUGCCCUGACACUUCUGAGACAAAGAAGACCAGACCAUCAUCACUUUAGUAUAAAUGAAAUACUGGAUGCUUUAACAGGAAGGACAACAAGAGAAGCUGUCAAACAGAAUGAUAGAAGUUCAGGUGAAGAAAAUUGGGUAACUGUUGAAAAAGAUAAAUCUGGAGAAUGCCAUGAAAUGGAACCUCCCACUCACAAUAACCAUGUCUCCCAACCAAAGUCAAUCAGGACUUCUAGUAGUAAUCCAGAACUAAGCAAAUCCAAACAAGACAAAAAUAAAUGUAAAAUGUCUUGAUAUAUGUUUAAUGAAUAGCAUUGUGAGCGAUGCACUUCAAUGCCAGUUCCAAAGAGGAUGCCAUCAAUCUUUUAUCAUAUACAAAUGUAAAUAACAUAGGUAGGUUAAUACACCAAAGUUUUUGUUGUUGUAAAAACGGACCUUUUCAAAAUUCAACGAGAAAGGUUAUGAUUGAAACAGUUUUAUGCUAUGAAGACACAAUUAUCUCCGUUUGAAUUUUGUUGUCUGCAAGUGAAGUAUCUAGUAUAUAUAAUGAACAAUUUUACAUCACCUCAAAGAAGAAGAGGAGCUAUUGGAAUACCCUUAGCAUAAAUGUUGGCAUUGACAUACACGUAUAAGUUCACAUUUGCAGCUAGUUCAAAGGAACCCAAAGAAAUACAGUCAAAUAGUCAUGCAGAUGCAUCUUUGUGAGACAGACCCAAGAUCAAAUAUUCCAUAUUUCAUGGACAGGGCUGUGACUAAGUUUUGAAAUUCAUCACUAAUAUUAAAUUAUGUGUCUUAAGUUCAAAUCGCAGAAAGUAGGUGACUUGUCUGCACAUAAAUUGGUAUAUGGAUGCUUCUAGGGGAGUGUAGUAGCAUCUAACAGAAAUUAGGUCACUCUGACUUAAGAUUUAUUAAGCCUCUUUGGAGAUUAGUUUGAAUUUAGUAAUCAUAGGUUAAAUUUUGAUUUGUAUUUUGAUUUGUUGUUAUAAAGAUUUGCUAAUUCCUCAACUAUUGUGUUGUGAGUCCUGAUAGAGAUGAUUUUUAUUUUAAGUUUGGUAUUUGAGGAAAUGGAGAUUGAUAAUCAUAAGAUACAUUUCUGACUUGAUAUUCAGUAAAUAAAAUUAUGAAUAUUAUAUUAAUUGAAAGAUAGUUUUUGAGUAAUCAGAUUAAUCUAAUUUUUGUCUUUAUUAUAUAAAUAAUGUAAUGGUCAUCGAAAUAAGAUGACCGUGUGGUAGAUUAAUAAAAUCAGUUGUAGAUUUCAUUUUUUGUAAAUGUCAUUUUAUUUUCUGGUUAUUUUGAAUUUCAUGAUAUACACAACUGAUUGAAUCAGUGAAUGACAUCAACUAGAAUGCAGAUACAGUUACACCUCAAGAUAAUCCUAUGGAUUAAAAAUGUAUUUAUUAUGAUAGUGUGCGAGUCAAAAAAGUUCCUCAAUUGGAGAAAUAUAUUUUCGUGGAUUUCCUGGGCAUAGGUUAAUCACAAAUUUAAACGUCCAAUGAUGUCAAAUUUUCUAAAAGGUUUUUAUGCAGACUCUGGCAAAAAUGAUGAAAUCAAAUAUCCACGAAAAUGCAAUUUUUCCUCGAUCCAUGAAAAUUCGUAUCUAAGAAAUAAACGAAUCCACAAAUAUGUAAGAUUUGAUUCAUGUAUUUGCUACAUGGUUGGGUCAUAUUUAGUUGAGUAUUUAUAGGAUAUAUAAAACUUAUAAAACAUCUGCAACAGAUCGCAAGUUAAACAUUAGUUUAUACAAGGACUUUAUAUGUACAGAUAAAUUUGUAAAUUAUAUAUGAUUGAACUGUAAUUUUUCUUUCUUAAGUGCUUUCUAUAGAAAUAGUUUAACAUAUGAGGUUUUGAAUGUUUUAAUCUUUAUGACAGCUUAUUUCCAUUAUUGCUCAACUUGGUUUACUUGCUUGUGCUAUUAAUUACGAUUUGAAAUUCUUAAUAUCACUGAGAUUAAAAAAAUGUAUUGAAAUGAAAGGCUUCUAUAAAUUUUUAUGAAUAUAUGAUGUACAUAAUUCAUUUCUUGGUGCUCAAGACAUUGUACAAAGUGCAUGUGUGACUGUACAUGCACUUACAUGUUAAACAUGCUUGAUUCUCUUUUGUGUUAAAAUAUGUAAAAAGUCAGUAAAAGGUAUAAUCAGAAUCAAAAUAUUUUUGAAAAUAGGAUUUUUUCAUGAUAUUAAAUUUGAGGGGCAUUAAUGCUUUCAUACAAUAAUUUUGAAAAAUAGCUUUACUAUUAAAUAAACAGGUUUUUCAUUCACUUACAAACGUUAACCAGCAAACAAUAAAAAUUGUAAAUGAUGCCUCAGUUACCAUUCAGGAAAAUAGAAUUUAAUCAGUAUUUUAAUAUGUGAAUAAUAUUUAUGAAAUAUUUUGAAGACUUACAUUGUCAUAUUAGUUUUGUUGUAUUAAUCUUUUGUUUUUCUUCAUUAAAAAACCUAUAUUUUCUGAUUGGUCUUUUUGUUCAACCAUAAGCUGAAUAGAAUUGUCAAAGAUACAAAACAAAGUGCUUUAGUAAUCAUUUUCUUUUUAAUCAUUGUCUAUUUUCUUAAUUACAUAUUGAUUAGUUUUUGUCUCCCCUGGACGUAGUCAAAAAGCGAGACAUAGGUAUGCUGUUUCCGGCUUCGGCGUCGACGGCGAUGGCGUCAACAAUGUAUUAGUUUGUGAUUAGGUCUAGUUUAUGGUGAACCACUAGUGGUAGGUCAAUGAUAUUUGGUAUGCAGUUGUAUUAGCAUUGGCACAUCUCAUUUCCAUUGAGAUUAUUUGGCACUGCCCCCUCAGUCAUGGUCUAUUGACUUUGAAACUUUUGCUUAGUUUACAUGUAUUAGUUUGUGAUUAGGUCAGUUCAAGAUGAACCAUUAGUGGUAGGCCAAUGUUAAUUGGUAUGUAGUUGUAUAAGCAUUAGCACAUCUCAUUUCCAUGGAGAAUAUUUGGCCCCACCCCCUCAGUCAUGGUCUAUUGACUUUGAAACUUUUGCUUAGUUUACAUGUAUUAGUUUGUGAUUAGAUCAGUUUAAGAUGAACCGCUAAUGUUAAGUCACUGGUAUUUGGUAUGCAGUUGUAUUAGCAUUGGUACAUCUCAUUUCCAUGGAGAUUGUUUAGCCAUGUACCUUCAGUCAUGGUUCAUUGACUUUGAAUAUUUGCAUAACUUACAUGUUAAAGUAUUGCAAUUUUAAUUUCAACAUUUGCAUUAUCAAAAUUACAAAAAGGCGAGACAUUUCUCUGUAUUAACAGUUUAUUUUCAGAAGCAAUUUCACUAUUUAAAAUCUUGUUGCUAAAUGAGAUGAAUAUUUGGUCAAUUUGGUGUUGAAUGAAUUUUUUGUCAAUGAUGAUUAUUAUGCUUAUCUUAAACAAAUUCCAUAGGGCAUAAUGUCUCUGGCCCAUAAGUUUACUUGUUUGUCCACCUUUUAUUACUUUUUGUUGUCUGGACAGGGAAUUCUUUUAUAUAGUAGAUCCAAUUCAGAUCUGAACAAAGGACUUUAUUAGAAAAUUGGAUUAAGUUUUAUUUUUAAUGAAAAUUAAAUUUUUUUAGUGAGAAGGGGAAAGGUUGGCACUUGUACAGAUGUCACUCUAUCCUUCAUGUUGCUGGAUAAUAGGUUGUUUUCUCAUUUCUUCAUUAUUCUUCUAUUUACACUUUAAGGUGGUACCUAACACUACAGGGAGAUAACUCUGUAAAAAUCAGCUAAACGUUUUAAUUACGUUGUAUUGUUAAGGAAAUAUUAAGCUUCUCAAUGAUCAAAAUUAGUGUUUGUCAAACUGCUAUAUAACCAACGAAAUUUUUCUGAUAAAGUGGUUGGUUCAAAUUUUUUGAAAUUUUUAUAUUUUUGUCAAAGGGUCAAAGUAAACAUUUUGUCAAAAUUUUAUGAAAAUUAAACGAGCCAAAUUAAUAUUAGUCAAGGUGUUGGGUACCACCUUAAUUUUAUUUAUUUAUAAUUGCAAAUAGAUUGCCAUGCAUAUAACCAGUCUCUUAAAGUAUUGCCUUUAGUAAAGUUAGUUGUGAAAAUGUUUUUUUUCUGUAAAAAAAUAGCAAAGGACUAUUAUUGAAUACCAAAUACUGAUUUAAUUGUUUUAUAUGUUUUUAAAAUGUUGUUUAAAGACAGUUUGUCAACACACAGAAAUCUUACCUAUAAUAUUAAAAAAAAAAUUAAAAAAAAAAAAAUCAAUAAAUAUUUCAGAUGACAAACAUCUUCAUUAGUAUGAGUAGCCUGGUGUAAAGUGGCAUCAUAUUGUAUUCUUAUUUUUAAAAAAUCUUUAACAUCAUAGAAAUUUCAUCGAUCCCAUUUGAGUGCUAACAGUUUAUCUUCAAAAAUUUUCCAAGUGAUUCUCACCUCCCUGGACCAAGCUGUGAUGUGGUCAAUGAUGGUAAUAGAUAGUCGAGUCAUAAUUGCCUAAAUUAACUUCUACAGUAUAGAUAGAAAAAAAAAAUCUAUAUAUGCAAUAACAGUUUCCAUAUACCAUUUUUUAACACUUGUAUACUUAAAAAAUCAUCUACAAUUGUAAUGAUUCUAUGGUUGUUUCUUUUAUCAAGAUUCAGUAUCACAUUAAUUCAAUCUAAUUGAAAUAAAUAUAACUACACCUCAUAUUCAUUUGCUUAUUUUUAUGUCAAGGGUGAAAAUGAGGAGCAGGUGAAAUGAGCAAUUUUAAUUAAACUGACCCUUAUUUAGCCAGCAGUUUUUAUAUUUCUUGUUAAAUUAUGUGUUUGUUGCAAUAGUGCUAUUAAUGCAAGUAUAUAUGAUUUUUAUUGGUUUUCUGUUGUUUAAAAUAAUAUAAUAUAUUUUGAAUAAAAGUGCUUAUUUAUAAAGUAAGUGUUUUAAAUGACAUAGAUCAUGGAACACUAAUCAUGUUUAAAAUGUAAAUGCAGGAGUGUAUUGUUAAUAAAUAUUUUCAAUAUUG